CGAAAGGUUAUUGGCCAGAUUGAUGGGAUGAUUGUUAGACUGCCAAAACAGGAUCCUGGGAAGAGUGCUGCCGACACCCAUUAAGGGAGGCUCAAUAAUGGUGUGGGACUGCAUUUUAUGGAACGGUGUUGGACCAAUUCAUCGUAUUGAAGUCCACAAAAGGUAAAUCGCUCCAUACAUAGAUCGCGUUUGCAUCGAAAGAACAGAAGGCUCAACGCAACAUUCACAACAGCAACAAAACCGCCUUGUAGCGAAGUAACAAAUUUCCCUGCAAAUAAUGAUAGGACUAGCGAGGAGGAGCUAUCCUGCACAUUGUUGGUAAUGUAUGACUCGGAGAAGAAUGAGGAAGAUGAAACAAAUGUGGUACAAUUGCAUUCAGUCGUUGAAAGACCUCGUUUUGAAGCAGAUGUAGAUUUUGAUCCAUUUGCGGAGCAACGCCUUCUCGUGCUUGCGGAUCACUGCGGAGCUCCUCCACGAAGCUCAACCAACUUUGUAGCUACUCAAAAAUUUGAACUUUGUAGUAAUUAUUUACUUCAAUCACCAGAACUGCCUUCAGAUAAAAGUAAUAAUUUAAAAAGUAUCCAAGGAGAGGCAUUUGAAAUCACAGAUUCGGAGUUGCUACAAGCUUGCGUGGAAACCGAAAAAAACACUGUCACUAAUAAUAUAAAGCAAGAAAAACUGGAUUUAAAUGAGGUACCUGCAACACCAGAAUCAAAGCAAAAAACGAAAACAAUAGUGGAUUUAAUACUUGAAGAUUUCUGUAGUUCACCUGAUCUACAGCACUCAUCAGAGGAAAGUAGUUUCCUUUUUAGAUUUGCUAACAAACCGCUGCGUACAUACAGCAGACUUCGGCACAAACACACAAUUGCACGUCAAAAUAUUGCUGAGCAAUAUGGCCAACCUACCAAUAGUGGGAAUCAAUGCGUCGUCGAUGAUGAUUUAUUUAGCAAUGAUUCGUCAACUGAUCUGUCGGUCCAAGAAGAUCCUACUCAGCUAAGAUCUACAACAAAUGGAGAAGAAGUCGUCGAUUUACACCAUUCACAAAAUUUGUGUGAAAAUUUGCAAAAUUUGAGUGCUUACUUUACUGAGUUGUCGGGAUCAGAUAAAAAACAAGAAAUGGUUCUGGAAUCUACGACGCAACAAUUAAUGCGAAACAAAAGUACAAAUAGAAUAUUAACAUCAUCAGAAGGAAGUUCAAGUAUAUAUUACACGGCAAUAAAAGAAGAGGCAAAUAGUUUGCUGAAGGAAGUAGAAUUACAUACCCAGGAACAAUGUCUAACUAGUCGGAGUGGAAAUAUUUCAUUUGAUGAGGAAUUUCAAGGUUUUCCGAGUAAGGAUGAGAACACUUGCGUUGGUAUAGAAACUAUACCAAAUAAAGAUUGUGAUAUAGCAAAAACUCAUGUAUACGAUCUAGAAAGUUUGGAUGACGAUGACGAAUGGAAUGAUGAAUGCGAUUUUUUUGCGAAUUUCGAUAUGGAAGUAGCUUUAGAUGCAGCGUCAGCGUCGAAAUUGGAAAAAAAAGAGAUGUUUGAAGUAAUUAAUAAAAAGAAUUCAAGUCCGCAUCAUUCUUUGGAAGAAAAUGUAGAAGUUGUACGAGGUUUUCGAACUGCCUCUAAUAAAGCAGUGAUAAUAUCUGCAGAGGCUCAAUUAUAUGCUUCGAAAAUACUUCAUGAGCUACCGCCACUCCCAACAAAUAGUGGCUACACAGACGACUUAGUAACGGAAGAUGAAAACACUGCAGAUUUUCAACCUGAUCUGAAUAGAACAGUAUCGAUACCCAAACCAGAAGGUUUUAUUGAAAAUUCUUCAAACACACCAACUAGUUCAAAUGAUAGACUGAGAAAUUCUAGAAUAGAAAAUAAUGGAUUGCAAAGUUUUGCUGGCUUCGAAACGGCUUCAAGUAACAAAAUUAUAAUUUCCAAGGAAGCGCUACAGCAAGCUGCAAAAAUUGUUGAACAGUUGCCGCCAUUACCGCACGACCAUAUUUGCAUAAUGCAAGACCCUCGCUCAACCACUGCGCCAACCAAUAAAGAAACAUUCGUUGGAUUUCGUACUGCUUCAAGUAAAACAAUAAAAGUAUCCAAAGAGGCACAAGAGCGUGCAUCAAAAAUAUUAGAGGAAUUGCCAGAAUUAUAUGCAGAACAGAAAUUAGGGGCGACUAAGUGUGGAACGGAAACGACGUUGCCGAGUGCUAAUUCAUAUGUAGGCUUUCGAACUGCAUCGAGUAAAGCCAUACAAAUCUCAGAAGAGGCACAAAAGCGUGCGGCAAUAAUUGUACAAGACUUGGUAGAUGAAAAUGUUGAUUAUAAUCGCAAAGAGUGCUUAGAAAAUAUGCAAUUUAGUGAGUGGCCGGUAGAAGAGGUAGAACAGAUCGAUAUUAAUGCGAAACAGACAGCUAUCGAAGGUGUAUGUAAUGCGAAUUCUCCCGGUUUUGCCACAUCAUCUAAAAAACUAAUUUUGGUAUCAGACUCAGCCAAGCAAAAAACUGCCGCUAUUCUCGAAAACUUACCAAAACUGCCUGCUGAAGUACAAUCAGAAUCUAUAUGCAAAAGCGCAGAAAGAGAUUCUGAACCCGAACAUCUCAAUAAUGUGGUAUUUUCUGAGUGGUUUUUAGCGGAGGCUAUUGACGUCUCUGGUGGUGAACAAGAGAAACAAUCAAACGGCUCGAAUAAAAGGAAACGCCUUGGUUUAGACUUUGAUCAUAACGGCGAAGAACCUAAAACUCCGCAGCGUACCCCAAAAUCAGUGUGUAAAUCGGUUAACACUCAACGAAGUCCGUUGACUCAUAUACAACCUACAUUGAAACGUUCCAGCUUGAGUGAAUUGGCAGUAAAGACACCGCCUGAUUACAGAGCUAGCCAUGGUAUAAUAGCGCGUAAGAAUCUACUCUCCUUAAACAAACGUAAUAAAUUAAGUGCAAGGUCGUUGCGGCUGAGUAAAGAGUUGAAGGAGGAUUCUAGUGUGGCUGAAACACCAACAAAACGAAUUACAAACUCACAUAUUCCACCAAUUACCGCUGAACCCAAAUCACCACCUGAUACACCAAAUCUUCGGGAAUUCUUUGCAUCGGCAUCAAUGAGUACCAGUACACCACAUCCGCCAGCACGACAGCAAACACACAUACGUACACGUGCAAGAAAAAAGGAUGACCUAGAAGCAGUCGCAACUGCUACACCCACAAACGACGUAUCAUUAAAGCGCAUCGAAUGGGAAAAUGAGAGUUUGGAUAGAAGUGUUUCUUCGCCGAAUACUACGAGUAGAUUGUCUAAUUUGUCUUUUAGCAAUAUAACUAAAAUGGCAUCGAAUCCGACGCCCAAACAACGUAUUGAGCGUCUACGUAUGUAUGGUAAGCCACCAAGCGUCUCACCUAUUUACAUGUCUAGCACAAAUAAUUGUCGUAUAUCAGGACUAAAGAGACGUACUCGCAGUGACACCAAGAAUGAGAAGAAGUAGCGAGAAAUACUUGUUUGACGGCCACACUGAACGUGUACAGUAGAGCAUGUGCUUAAUUGUUCCAUAUCUUUUUUUAUGAAUGAUUGCCAUCAAAAUGUAUAUAUGUCUGUAUUUAUGUAAAUUUAAUUUAAUUACUUUUUAAUUUUUUUUGUCAUUAAUACAAAUGUGUAAUGAUUAAGCAAAGUGGUUGUUGCAAAAGUUAAGAAGAAUAUAAUUACUUUCAAUAAAUUUAGAAGCAUAAUCAAAAGGGCGCAAAAAACAGU